AUGAAUACAUCUACAUUCUUCAACGAUCUAUCUGGCCCAUCCGGUCCAUCCGGUCCAUCUCGACCUUCUUCAGCAACCAGAUCUCCGGACGAGACUCUUCGCGCGAGCAAAAAGAGAGUCGUCACUGCAGCCCGGAGAGAGCAGAACAAGAAAGCCCAGCGAGCUUAUCGUGAAAGGCAGAAAUUACUCCGAAACUCUCCAUCCACCCGUCAUGGCAUGAGUUCUCGAAAGAUCGCUCCUCGAUUAUCACCAAGUCACGGCCUUGGCUACUCUCUGCACAAUCACAACACCGACCAUGUCUACAACUCUGACCUCAGCAUGCAGCUAAUUCUACCGGCCAGACAUCUCGCAGACCCAUUAGCAAACACCCUCCAAACCACCCGGGACGCCUUCUGGUCUGCGAUUCUCCACAACGCCCAAUGUCUCGGCUUCGACCUCAACAAGCUCGCUGAAUGUGGCCAUACCUAUACAUCGCCAUUCUACAAAUCAAUUACCCCCGACGAUCAGCCACGAGAUCUGGUGGCUCCAUGUCUGAGCACGUCUACGCCCAUUUCUUUACGGCCCACCAUGGCCCAAAUUUUAAUUCCACAUCAUGCCAGCCUGGAUCUUAUUCCCAUUCCGUUGUUGAGGGAGCGCGCUAUAAUGCUGACAUUUGCCCUUCCGGAGGUCUAUAAUCUCUUGGAGUUGAAGCAGGAUGUUUACGGUCGUGAUGGGUUGGCGUGCUUGAGAUACUCGGAUGAGGGAGCUUGUCAGCCUUGGGAUCCGCAGAGUUGGAGAGUUAAGCCCUGGUUUAGGAGUAAAUGGAGAAUGGCCGUGGAUGAUUAG